AUGUGUGCAGGCAGGACUCCAGGCCUGGGGACCGCUGGAGGCACGCUGGCUGGAAGCGCGGAGCCUGGCUACCGCGCCCAGGUCCUGAGCGCCGGCGGCCCGCGCAGCCGGAGGGCGCCUCGGGUCCCCACGGCCCUGCUGCGUCCCAGGGCCAGGUGUCUCCCCGACGCGCGGUAUCUGAACCUCCCUUCACCUGCGAAGCGUCAGUCCGCGGGUGCCCAGCUGCCACCCCGGCGCACACAGGUGUCGGGGGCAGGCGGACUCGGGGCAGGGUCCCCCGGAGCGACAGCGGGAACUGCCAGGGAGGUGAGCCCCGGGCCUGACCCUCUGCGCCCGAGACUGCUGUCCCACCCGCCCGGAGAAGGAUGUGGCCGGGUCGGGUCGCUCCCGCGGCGGGAGGAUGCCCGGCCCCGGGCGCGCUGCGCGCUGCACCGUCGGCGGGACCCGGCCGGAGCCCGGCGGCUGUGCGCCCCGGAAGGAGCCGCGGGGCGGAGGGAGGCCGGCGGGCGUGUCGCCGUCUCCCGCGGGCGCCCCGAAGGGCUCGCGGCGGCCGCGGCUCUGCGUCCCAGCUCCCUGCGCCUCGGGUGGGCAGGCACAGCUGCCCCGCUCACCCCGCGCACAGCAGCCCCUGGGCGCCCGGAGACGCCCCCCUGUCCCUGUCCCCUGCCCCCCGCGCAGCCGCCCAGCGGGAGCGGCGGGAGGUGGAGGAGGCGGUGCCGCGGGGACUGUCUCCUCCCCAAGCCUCGCGUCUCCUCCUCGCGCUCCCGAGAAGGACAAGGGGACUGGGCACGGGGACCCCGGCCAGUGAGCGCCCGCGUUCCGGGACCGCCCCUCCCGCGCGCUCUCCGCCGCGAGCCCGGGCCGGUGUCGCCGCGCGUGCUGUUGGCAGCAGCCAUGAGCCAGGACGCGGAUCCCAGCGGUCCCGAGCAGCCCGACAGAGAUGCCUGCGUCGUGCCCGGUGUCCAGGGCCCCCCCGCGCCCCCGUGCCAGCGAGGGAUGCAGCCCCUGCCGCCGCCGCCGCCGCCAGCCGGCCUGCCUCAGAUCAUCCAAAAUGCUGCCAAGCUCCUGGACAAGAGCGCCUUCUCAGUCAGUAACCAGAACCCUCUGCUCCCUUCACCAGCCAGCCUCCAGCUGGCCCAGCUGCAGGCUCAGCUCACCCUCCAUCGGCUGAAGCUGGCACAGACGGCGGUCACCAACAACACUGCAGCUGCCACAGUUCUGAACCAGGUCCUCUCCAAAGUGGCCAUGUCCCAGCCGCUCUUCAACCAGCUGAGGCAUCCGUCUGUGCUCAGCACCCCACAUGGCCCUGCUGGGGUUUCCCAACACGCUGCCACCAUGCCCAGUGCUCCAUUUCCCUCAAAUGCAAUUGCCUUUUCACCUCCCAGCCAGACGCGAGGCCCGGGACCGUCUGUGAGCCUGCCCAGCCAGCCCCCCAGGGCUGUGGUAGUACACCCCUUCAGUGGGGUGAUGUCUCAGGCCCCUGCCCAGCCAGCAGUCAUCCUGGGCAUUGGGAAGGCUGGGCCUACACCAGCUACUGCGGGGUUCUAUGAGUACGGCAAAGCCAACCCUGGCCAGGCCUAUGGCUCUGAAACGGAGGGCCAACCAGGCUUCUUGCCAGCCGCAGCCUCGGCUGCAGCAUCGGGCAGCGUGACCUAUGAAGGGCACUAUGGCCACACAGGACAGGAUGGCCAAGCCGCCUUUUCUAAAGACUUCUAUGGACCCAAUGCCCAGGGGUCACAUGUGGUAGCUGGGUUUCCAGCUGACCAGGCUGGGGGCAUGAAAGGGGAGGUUGGUGGGCUGCUGCAAAGUACCAACAGCCAAUGGGAGAGCCCCCCUGCAUUCUCUGGCCAAAGCAAGCCCGAUAUUACAGCAGCACCCAAUUUGUGGGCUCCACCCGCUGGCCAGCCCUAUGAGCUAUAUGACCCUGAGGAGCCUACCUCAGACAGGACCCCUCCUGCCUUUGGAGUUCGGCUUAACAACAGCACGCAGGGGUUCAACUGCUCUCGGCGGCGGGCCAAGGAGGACCAGGCCGGGCUGCCCAUGAGGCCCCUGCAGGCUCAUGAGCUGAAUGACUUCCACGGUGUGGCCCCACUCCACCUGCCACACGUCUGUAGCAUCUGUGACAAGAAAGUGUUUGACUUGAAGGACUGGGAGCUGCAUGUGAAAGGGAAGCUACAUGCCCAGAAAUGCCUGCUCUUCUCUGAAAGUGCUGGCCUCCGCUGUAUCCUGGCUUCGGCAGAGGGGACACUGUGCACCUCCCCAAACAGUGCAGCUGUUUACAGCGCCCCUGGGAGCGAGGAUUACGCCUCAAAUCUUGGAACACCAUAUGCAGCCAUUCCAACAAGGGCCUUUGCUCAAUCAAACCCCACGUUUCCCUCAGCUUCCACUGCGGCAAAUUUUGCACAGAGGAAAGGUUCUGGGCGAGUGGUACACAUCUGCAAUCUCCCGGAGGGCAGCUGUACCGAGAAUGACGUCAUUAACCUGGGGCUGCCCUUUGGCAAGGUCACUAAUUACAUCCUCAUGAAGUCAACCAAUCAGGCUUUCUUAGAGAUGGCUUACACAGAAGCUGCUCAGGCUAUGGUCCAGUACUACCAAGAAAAGUCUGCUGUGAUCAAUGGUGAGAAGUUACUCAUUCGGAUGUCCAAGAGAUACAAGGAAUUGCAGCUGAAGAAACCUGGGAAAAAUGUGGCUGCUAUCAUCCAGGACAUCCAUUCCCAGAGGGAGAGGGACAUGUUCCGGGAAGCUGACAGAUACGGUCCAGAGCGGCCAAGGUCUCGGAGUCCAGUGAGCAGAUCACUGUCUCCAAGAUCCCACACUCCAAGCUUCACUUCCUGCAGCUCCUCCCACAGUCCCCCAGGCCCUUCACGGGCUGAUUGGGGCAAUGGCCGGGACUCCUGGGAGCACUCUCCCUACGCGAGGAGGGAAGAUGAUCGAGAGCCUGUCCCCUGGAGGGAGAAUGGGGAAGACAAGAGGGACAGGACAGAUGUUUGGGCACACGAUCGUAAACACUACCCCAGGCAGCUGGACAAAGCUGAACUGGAUGAGCGACUUGAAGGAGGGAGGGGCCACCGAGAAAAGUACCUGCGGUCAGGGUCCCCCAGCCCGCUCCAUCCUGUGUCCAGCUACAAAGGCCGAGAAGAUGGCUACUAUCGAAAAGAGCCCAAAGCCAAGUUGGACAAAUACCUAAAGCAGCAGCAGGAUGUGCCAGGAAGGUCCAGGAGGAAAGAAGAGGCUAGACUACGGGAGAGUAGACACCCUCACCCAGAGGGCACUGGCAAGGAAGAUGAGCUGGACCCCAAGAUCACGAGGGCCCCUGAGGGUGCCAAGUCCAAGCAGAGUGAGAAAAGCAAAACCCGGAGACCUGACAGAGACCAAGAAGGAGCUGAUGAUAAAAAAGAAAGCAGAACUGCAAAGAAUGAGGCCAGAACGGAAGAACAGGGAGGCAUGGAAGAAAACCCCCUGUCGGUGGGCAGACAGCAGGAAGGGACGGAGUCCUCGGAUCCGGAAAACACAAGGGCAAAGAAGGAACAAGAUUGGGAGAGUGGAAGUGAGGCUGAGGGGGACAGCUGGUACCCCACAAACAUGGAGGAGCUGGUCACAGUGGAUGAAGUGGGGGAAGAAGAUUUCAUCAUGGAACCAGACAUACCGGAGCUGGAAGAAAUUAUGCCCAUUGCCCAGAAAGACAAAAUCUUCCCUGAAAUAUGUGCCUGUGGGACAGCCACCUUAGGUCUGGACUUGGCCAAAGGUUUCUCCAAGCAGGGAGAGACCAUAGGGAAUGGGGAUGCUGAACUCAGCUUCGCGCUGCCCAGACAAUUGCUGUCCACUUCCGCAAGCUGUCCCAAUGACUCGGACAUGGAGAUGCCUGGCCUAAAUCUGGAUGCUGAGCGGAAGCCAGCUGAAUGUGAGACAGGCCUCUCACUGGAGGUCUCAAAUUGCUACGAGAAGGAGGCUAGAGGAGCAGAGGGCUCGGAUGAGCGUCUGGCCCCUGCGGCCCAGCAAAUGUCUUCCCCCCAGCCAGCAGAGGAGAGGGCCCGGCAGUCCAGUCCUUUUACAGAUGACUGCAAGGCCAGGGGAUCCCCUGAAGAUGGGGACCAUGAAGUCAGCCCCCUGGAAGAGAAAGCCAGCCCUGCUACUGAAAGCGACCUCCAAGGCCAGGCUUGCCAAGGUGUGUUGACCGAGGAGAACUCCAAGUACAUGGAAACAAAAUCUCUGGAUGUGAGAUCACCAGAAUUUGCCGAAGCGGAGCUGAAAGAGCCCCUUUCUUUGCCUUCCUGGGAACCGGAGGAUGUGUUCAGUGAGCUUAGCAUUCCUCUAGGAGUGGAGUUCGUGGUUCCCAGGACCGGCUUUUAUUGCAAGUUGUGUGGCCUGUUCUACACAAGUGAGGAGGCAGCCAAAGUGAGCCACUGCCGCAGCACUGUCCACUACAGGAACUUACAGAAGUACUUGUCCCAGCUGGCAGAGGAGGGCCUGAAGGAGACUGAGGUGGCAUGCAGCCCAAGCCCGGAGGACAGCGGGAUUGUGCCACAAUUUGAAAGGAAAAAGCUCUGA